UUGCCAUCGGUCAGAGAUGCUUUGAUUGUGAGUUCCUGCAUGGCAGGGGGUUGAACUGGAUGACUCUUAUGCUCGUUUCCAACUCUGAUACUAUGAUUCUAAUUUAAUUUAUCCAUGCUGCACAUGUGUUGUAUUUGCACUAUUUUAAAUUGUUUUAACUGGUUUUAAAUUAUCUAGUUUUUAAUUGAUAAAUGAUUUCAUAUAUUUUUAGCCUUUAAAAUUAUCCUUAUUUAUUAUUUUAAACUUAUUUUAUUGUAAGCCAUCCUAUCAUCUUAGCCAAUAGAGCUAUUUAAUCAAAUGAAAUGUAUAAAUAAUUUUUCUCCUAAUGGUUUUAGUGUUGGACUGUGACUCUGGUGUCCAGUAUCCAAAUCUCCCUCAAACAUGUAAGCCAUUGCCAAGUCACACCCUUCAACCUCAGAGCAAGGCCAAUGGUAAAGCCCCUCUGAACAAAUCUUCCCAAGAAAACCCCAUGAUAGGGUUACCUUAGGGUUGCAAUAAGUUGGAAAUGUCUUGAAAGCAUACAAUGACAACAAACUUGGUUAAAGUGACUGAACCUUCUGACUCCUAUUCAUAUUGAUUUUAUGGCAGUUUUAUAAUACAUUUCUUUAAGUUUCUUAUACAGUUUGGAAGUCAUACCUUUGCACGUGCACAUCCACAUUGUACAUGUGCAAAGCUAGUCAAAAUAAGUUAACGAUGGCAGUCCUUGGGGAGGUAGUUGUAGAUCUCCUGGAUCUGGACCAAAGAGUUCCAUAAAGUCACAUUAGAGUAGUAUUGAAAUGGGAAGAGCAAUCCAACUCUCAGGAGCAUCUCACCUUCUCCGCUGGGAAAUUAUGGUAUUUCUUACACUGUAGCAAUACUAAUGUAUAAGUGGAUGGCCAGUCUAUGUACCCUGACUGUUACUUUUACUCCACACAGAGCAUGACUGAGGUAAUUUGAAAAGUGUUUUUAAAAAUUUAUUUCCUUUAGGUGAUGCCUCAUGGUUCUGUAUCACAGUUCUCUCAAAUGGUUCCCCUCAUAAGAUAAAUUGGGGUUUAAUUUCCCACAUUUUCAAACUACCAUAUUUAAAAAUUCACAACACAUAGGGUCUUAGAGGCAAGGAGGAAAUGGAUGCUAAGUGAAAUUGCUCUCCUCCAACUAGCCUAGUUUUCAUCCAGUUUUAGUCUGUUUAUAUUUUGUUGUUCUUGAGAAGAUUCCAAAAGGUUAGGUUAUGGAAAAAUAGAUACAGGGAAAAAAAUUCUCCCUAAGGCAUGACUUUAGAACAUUGAUCAUGCAGUACAGCUAAACAGUGUAGGAUUGAGACUGGGUAGCAGGAAGAAUUCUCCACAUACCUCCUCAAACACAUUCCAUUCUUUUUCUUUUCAGGUCCACCUUCAGGCUUUUUUUUCCACCCCGUACUCACAAAACAGAACUUGUUUAAUAAUAGGAUUUUCUUUUCUUUUUUUCAUCCUAAACAGAUGAUGAGAAAAACAGCAAGAACUUUUAAGUAGCCAUCUGUGAAUCUGUUGGAAGCAAGCAGGGAAGAAACGAGUAAAAGGUUUGGGAAAUGAAAGUUAAUCAGGUGGACAUGAGAAAACCAGGCUAAUCGUAGGAUCAUGGAAACAUAGAGUUGGAAGAGAUCACAAGGACCAUCCAGUCCAACCCCCCUGCUAUGCAGGAACUCACAAUCAGAGUAGGGUGAGAAGGCCUACCAUUUCUCUGUGCUGAUGUCCAUGAACCUCUUAUCCAGCAAAGUGAGAAAACAAAAAGUGUUCACUUUUUGAGAAAACUCCCAACAAUUAUUCAAUCAAUAGUAAACAAACAGAGGAGAAGCAACAGCCAUAUAAAUUCAUGGAGUCUCAAAAGUGUUUCAGUGAAACGGAUAGUCUUCCUUCACAUCAAAGGACCCACACAGGCAAGAAACUAUAUAAAUGCAUGGAGUGUGGAAAGAGUUUCAAAGAUAGAGGAAGUCUUACUAAACAUCAAAGGAUGCAUACAGGAGAGAAACCAUACCAAUGCACAGAAUGUGGAAAGACAUUUGGUAAUAGUGGAGGUCUUACUAUCCAUCAAAGAAUCCACACAGGUAAGAAGCCAUAUAAAUGCACAGAAUGUGGAAGGAGUUUCAGUAUAAACAGCAACCUUACUAUCCAUCAAAGAACCCACACUGGAGAAAAACCGUAUAAGUGCCUGGAGUGUGGAAAGAGGUUCAGUGAUUCUGGCAGUCUGACUAAACAUCAACAACUGCAUACUGGUGAAAAACCAUAUAAAUGUAUGGAGUGUGGAAAGACCUUCCGUUUAAGCAAUAGCCUUGUUUCACAUCAAAGAACCCAUACAGGGGAGAAACCAUACCAGUGCAAGGAGUGUGGAAAGAGCUUCAACAAUAGUGGAAGUUUUAUAGCACAUCAAAGAAUCCAUACAGGAGAAAAGCCACAUAAGUGCAUAGAGUGUGGAAGUAGCUUCCGUUUAAGUACUAGCCUUUCUUCACAUCAAAGAAUCCACACAGGAGAGAAACCAUAUAAAUGUAUGGAAUGCGGAAAGAGCUUCAGUCAAAGUCAAGCACUUUCUACACAUCAAAGAAUCCACACAGGAGAGAAACCAUAUAAAUGCACAGAGUGUGGAAGGUGCUUCCGUGAAAGAGGGAAACUUACUGUGCAUCAAAGAACUCACACAGAGGAGAAACCAUUUAAAUGCAUGACGUGUGGAAAGAGCUUCCGACAAAGGGCACACCUUUCUACACAUUUAAAUAUCCACACAGGGGAGAAACCAUACAAAUGCAUGGAAUGUGGAAAGAGCUUCAGUAACAGUGGAAGUUUUAGAGCACAUCAAAGAAUUCAUACAGGAGAAAAACCACAUAAGUGUGUUGAGUGUGGAAGUAGCUUCCGUUUAAGUACUAGCCUUUCUUCACAUCUAAGAAUCCACACAGGUGAGAAACAAUAUAAAUGCACUGUGUGUGGGAAAAGCUUCAGACAAAGUCAGCAUCUUUCAUCACACCUAAAAAGCCAUACAGGAGAGAAACCAUAUAAAUGCAUGGAAUGUGGAAAGAGCUUCGGUCAUAGUCAUAGUCUUUCCGUACAUCAAAGGAUCCACACAGGGGAGAAACCAUAUAAAUGCAUGGAGUGCGGAAAGAGUUUCAGUACUAAAAGAAGUCUUACUGUCCAUCAAAGAAUCCACACGGGAGAGAAACCAUAUCAAUGCAAAGAAUGUGGAAAGAGCUUCACUAAUAGCGGAGGUCGUACUAUCCAUGAAAAAAUCCACACAGGUGAGAAGCCUUAUAAGUGUACAGAGUGUGAAAGGAGCUUCAGACACAGUGCAAGCCUUACUGUGCAUCAAAGAAUCCACACAGGGGAGAAACCAUUUAAUUGCAUUGAGUGUGGAAAGAACUUCAGUGCAAGUUCUAGCCUUUCUUUACAUCAAAGAAGCCACACAGGAGAGAACCUAUAUAAAUGCAUUGAGUGUGGAAAGAGUUUCAGUGGUAGAGGAAAUCUCAAUAGACAUCAAAGGAGAACCCACACAGGCGAAAAACCAUAUCAGUGCAUGGAGUGUGGAAAGAGCUUCAGGCAGAGUGCACAUCUUAUUUUACAUCAGAGGACCCACACAGGGGAAAAACCAUAUCAGUGCCCAAAGUGUGGAAAGACCUUCAGCAGCAGUGCAAAUCUUAAUAAACAUCAAAAAACUCACAUGGAAGAGAGGCCAUAUAAAUGUGUGGAGUGUGGAAAAAGCUUCAGUGCAAGCUGGAACCUUACUGUACAUCAAAGGAACCAUACAGGAAUAAAACCAUAUAAAUGCACAGAUUGUGGAAAGGGCUUCAGUCAAAGUCAUCAACUUACUUCACAUCACACUGUUCAUACUGGUGAAAAACCAUAUCAGUGCACAGAGUGUGGGAAAUUUUUCAGGAGGAGUACACACCUUACUUUACAUCAAAGAAUCCAUACUGGAGAAAAACCGUAUAAGUGCACAGAAUGUGGAAAGAACUUCAGUCAGCUUGCACACUUUAAGUCACACCAAAGAACCCACACAGGGGAGAAAACAUAUGAAUGCAUAGAAUGUGGGAUGAAUUUCAGUUGGAGACACUGUCUUAUUUCACAUCUGCGAACCCAUACAGGAGAAAAACCAUAUCAGUGCAUGGAGUGUGGAAAGAGCUUUAGGCAGAGCACACACCUAACUUUACAUCAGAGAACACAUACAGGGGAAAAACCAUAUAGAUGCAUGACGUGUGGAAAGAACUUCAGCAGCAGUGCAAACCUUAACAAACACCAACGGACUCACAUGAAAGAGAAACCGUACAAAUGUGCGGAGUGUGGGAAAAGUUUCAGUGCAAGCUGGAACCUUACUAUACAUCAAAGAAACCACACAGGGAUAAAACCAUAUAAAUGCAUGGAUUGCGGCAAAUGUUUUAGUCAAAAUCAACAACUCAUUUCUCAUCAGGGUAGCCACAGAGAGGCAAGACAAUAUGAAUGCAUAGAGUGUGGAAUGAGUUUUAGUUCAAGGCAAUGCCUUAUUUCACAUCAUGUAGUCCACACAGAGGAGAAACCAUUUCAGUGCAUAGAGUGUGGGAAAGGCUUUAGGAGGAGAACACACCUUACUUUACAUCAGAGAAUCCACACAGGAGAGAAACCCUAUAAAUGUAUGGAAUGCGAAAAGCACUUCAGUCAAUAUGCACACCUUGUAUCGCAUCAAAGAACCCACACAGGGGAGAAACCAUAUAAAUGCAUGGAGUGUGGAAAGAGCUUCAGCCAAAGUCACCACCUUACUUCGCAUAUGUGAACUCACUUAGGAUAAACCUUUUGAAUGAAUGAGCUUAGAAAACAUGUCAAUCUCCACUGAAGAUAUUUCACAUCUAGCAACCCACAGGGAUUCCCGUUACUCAAAAAACAGAUAUCCUAUUAUAAUCUUGUAUUUUUGUGCUUUAGUUUUGUCAUGUUUGUGCCAUAUAUAACCCAUGACUUACAACAAAAUUUAAAAUAGACAUCAUGGUGAUAUCUUUUAUUAGGUCAGUCAAAGCAAAAUGGUGUUUAAGGUGGUCUUUGCAAGACAAGGAGCGAGGGCAAAGAUAGUAAAAGCCAAGUGAUAAAAUGUUUGUCUCCAUUAGCAGCAGCAAAAUAACUUUCUAGUUCUAGGCCAUCUCUGUCUUCUGUGAGACUGAAAACCGCUUUGUUGGCACAUGCAAUAGGUCUCUCAAGAAACAUUUCCACUGUCACAUCUGGAAAUACGGUGUUGUAUCAGAUAAAACUUGCCAGUGAAAGGCAAAUUCCUAUUUCUUUUAAUCUUUCUUGGAAAGAAAAACCUGAGGGAGGGUAGGAGUCCAUCUCCAAGACUUUCAAAAUCAAUGUAACUGUCUGAAAUAUAUGCUUUGUUAUUUGUGUUACUUUUGGGGAUGUAUGAUGCUAGCAAGCCUAUUAAAGGCCUGAAAUAUGGCAAACGUUCCACCUCAAACCAAAUAACUUGAGAAGAAAAUGUUCUAACAAGUAAAGAAUCUGAAUUAGCAAAAGGUAGAAACCAUUAUCACUGUUGAGACUGGUUUGGGGUUGGCAAGGUAUGCUGUGUUUUGCAUGAGGGGUUUGUAUGUAUGUAACAAAGAUCAGAACAACAAAGCGUUGGCCUAAACCAAAAAACAAAACAGUUUGGUCUAGGAAAAAGUGUUCACUGAGUAACACAUAAGAAAGUUUUAAUAUCUAAAAUAUUAAAAUGAUGCAGUAACAGCAAUUUCCUGGCAUCCAGAUAAGCAUUGUGUAGUCAAAGCAAUACACUGUGGCAGAAUGCAUAAAUGACAAGGAGUGUGUACACUUCCUAGAUGCAUACAAAGUUAUAAACACAUCCAUCCAAAGUGCAUGGAAAAUAAGAAGUAUAUGAAAUAUUUUGGAGAUGGGACCCAAGUCUAAACCAAACACUUCUUUAUGUUUUAUAUACUGUACACCUUAUACACA